AUGAAAUUAUUAACUGCUGAAGAAAUCGAAGCUAACAGGUACCACACCUUGAUGGGUGGUCUACAAGGUCUAGGUGCAGGUCUAUUAAUAUCUGCCGUAGGUUUCAAGUACGGUCCAAAGAAAUUCCCAAAGUUUAAGCCUUCUGCUUGGCCUUGGUCCAUGAAAACAGCUCUAUUCAUCACUCCACCAACUCUAUUGUCUGCUAUCUGCGCUGAAGAAGCUUCAAACAAGUUCGACGAAAUCACUUAUGGUUCUGGUAAAGAAUCAAAGGAAUACUUGGAAGAUCAAGUCAGAUGGCAGAAGUUGUCCUUUAAGGAAAAAUGUUUGGAAGGUUUCUCAAAUAACAGAUACAAGAUUAUCACCGGUGCUUGGGCCCUAUCCAUGUGGGGUUCUUGGGAGUUGGUCAACAGAGAUAAAAUUAUGUCAAGUGCUCAAAAGGCUGUGCAGGCAAGAAUGUACGCUCAAUUCAUCACUGUGGCUUUGUUACUUGGUUCCAUGAUGUUAAGCAUGUACGAAAAUAAAUUACAUCCAAACCAACGUCAAUUGAAUGAAAAAAGAAGAUGGGAAAAAGCUCUACAACAAGCUGAAAUCGAUCAACAAUUACAUGAAGAAGGUACUGAAAUCGUCCGUAAAACUGGGUUCGUCUCAAACCAAGACAGAAAGAAUGCCAAGAUUUUCAAGUACGAUUGA